UUGGAAACCUGAUUUCUCUUUUGAUCGUGUUAAAAAAACUAAACAAGAACAAUAACGAAACAUAUCUUGUCCAGAAUUACAUUUUUGGUUUAUAAAACUCAAAAGAAAGGUUAAAAGAUCACUUUCGAAAAAUAUAUUUUGAACAUGGAUGUUCAAAAUUUGCUGAAAAUAAGAUUACAUUGAUACUAAGUAUUAAAAACCAAAUACUCAAAUGCAAAAUUCGAUCUAGAAUGGAAUAUUUAACUAGAGAUAUAUACCAUAAUACAAUAAUAUGUACGAAAAAGAACAAUAAUAUGAAAAUUGAAAACAUCAUAUUGUGUUGUAUACAGUGUUCCAAUUCAAAUCAGUAGAACAUACUUUAUUUAUUUGAUAUGAAUCUAUACACGACAUGUAAAUAAGAGGCAACUAAUAAUCUAAUAUUCCAUUACAUAUCUAUAUACCCGAAUUGUGUGUAUUUUUUAAUGCGAUGCUUUGUUUUGAUAGAAGCAUUAAAAUCUGAUACAAAAUGAUUUUAUUUUUAAUAGCAGCUGAUGUUUUAAAAAUAUUCCUCAACUAGUUGUGAGAAUUAAAUACUGAUGUGAAUAUAAAUUUUGGAAAUGGUUUUCAUUUACUGAUUCACUUGCAUCUCUAGUUUUUUGUAUUAAAUAAUGUUGCUGGUUUUUUUUAAUGCAGAACCCAAAAUUCCACAAGCUUUAUAUUUAGAACCUAAAUUAUAUAGGAUCAGAAAUUUCCAAUUUUUUCCAAGCACGAGUUUAUAGAUUCCACUUUUGUAUUCUCUUUGGAGUUGAAAUUCACUUCUGGCAUUGUAACACAUAUCAUGUUCAGAAGUGCGUUUUAGAUAUUACUUUUUUUAAUGAAACAUUAUAACAAUAAUUUUGGUCCUCAUGAAGAUUAUUCAGUUCUUAAUAUAAUAUGUCCACUGAAAUUUCGAAGUUCCAAGUAAUAGAUAUGUUUCAUUCCAAAUUUACAAUUUCUUUUCGAUCUUCAUGAUUUUAUCCAAAUAUUUAUAUAACAAAUUAUGGCCCAUGUUUUAAGUGAUGAUGAUGUUACAUACACAAGUUUUGAGGGUAUUGAAAUAUUUGAAACAUUUGAAGAAGGAUUAGGUCAUCACAGACCCGUCUCCCUUAAAUCAUACCAUUCCUUAGAAUCUGAUACCACGAAUGCCAAAGCCAUUUUAAAAGAUCCUCCAUCAUGGAUAAGUGAAGAUUUUCAAUCAAUACAUCCAAAUAAUGCAUCUAAUGUUCUAAACUGCAACACUAAUCCACAUCCAAAGGAAUAUCUAAACCAGUUAUCUGCCUUAAACAACUACAUUCUAAAUAUAAAUACAACUGAUAUCUUCAACCAAUGUACACCAAAUGCACAACCAUUUCAAAAAACACCAAAGCUCAAUCAAAGCCACAACAUAACAAACAAAUCAAAUGCAACUAAUAUAAGAGAAAGUAAACGGACUUUGCUUAAUUGUGAAGUGAAUAAUAAUCCAGUGUUUUACUUUGGUGAAUCAAGUCUUGCAAAUAAACGUUUCAAAGGUGUCAAUCACAACAACCAAGCUCCAUUGACAACCACAAACAUUUCUCAAGUAGAUAUAGAUCAGAUAGUGCAAGAAAUGAAUGAAAACAAUGAAAAUCAAGGACAUCAUUCAAAUAUGAAUCCUAAUGUAGAUUGGAAUAUUGUGCCACAACAUGGUUUGCCUCUCCUUGAUUUUAAUAUAAACAAUGACUUCUAUGUGGAUCCCACCAACGUUGAUUCAAUAGAUACAUCGGAUUUUGAUUUAUCCUCAUCUUCUAAUUGUGGAUCACAAAAUUUUAACAAGUUAGAUGUAAUUCAAGAACAUGUGCCAUCAAAUUACAUACAACCAUUACAAGAACAUGGUUUGAGUGAGGAACUAGAAACCUCUAGAAACCAUAAUAUACCACCAAUUAAUGCAAUGCCUAAUACAAUUUUUGAUUUUGAUUUAGAUUUUGAAGAUUGUUUACUGGAUCCAUUGAUAAGUGAUGUUGCAUCAAGUAGUGAUGCACUUGAUAAUGAGAAUGAUUUGGUUGCGUAUAGAAAAUCCUUUUCCAAAGUUGUUGAACAUUAUGAAAGUCAUAGUACAGAAUAUGCAAAUAGCAAUUUGAACUCUUACAAUCAAAACCUUGAAAACAUACAAUUGUCAUUAGAGAGUGUAAUAACACAUGCUCAUAGCUGCAAUAAUUACAUUGAGGAUGAAAAUCAAAUUGCCAAUACCUAUACAUUACCUCUUCAAGUUAGUGAUACACGUAAUAAUGAAAAGAACAAUAAAAAUAUUGAAUUAUUUAUAGCAUUAUCUACACAAAAGAGUAGAAAAAAAUAUUUUCCAAUUGAAUUACAAUUGAACACAACUACUACUACAGAAGACAUCUUUAGAAUGUUGAAGACUUUCAAUUUAGAUACGAGAGGUUUUGAAAAGGAUGGAAUUUCUACCUCAUGUGAUUUUUUAUUUAAAGAAAAAAAUGUGGAAGAUGUUACAAGUAAUGUUGGAUAUGAGAGUGAAUGGAAGAAACAAGCUCAAGAUGAAAUGCUCAUGGCUUGUCAAAAUACUCCACAAGCUCUAGACAUUCAAGGUAUUGGAGCGAGUGAUGACAUUGUUGGAAAUGCCAUGUUUGCAAAAUCAAACAACGAUGAUGAAUGGAGAAAAACAUCCAAAAGGGAGAUCCAAGAAAAAGCUUUGACAUAUGUCAAUGGGAUCAUACCUCAAGAGUGGAACAAAAUGCCAAAUCCACAGUUGAUUGGAAUGUGUAUGUCAAUGUUUUCAAAAGAACAAUUGACAAAAGCUUGGGAUGUUAUAUACAAUAAUGAGGCUUUGAAAUCUAAUUCUCUUUGGUCUUUACCAAAUGUGAACACAAACGUUUGGAAUCCCAUAAUGUAUCGUGAUGAAAAGUCAAGGAUGUAUCAAAAAUAUUUCCCAGUUGUAAUGGAAUCAAAAACAUUAAAAAUUUUGGCCUUUGAUUACAAGAAUCAUGCCCAUGUGGAUGAUAUGAUUCAAGAUUCUAAAAUGGAAGGAUGGACUAUAAUGCCAAGUUUGGAUUGGAUAAAAUCAAAAAUAGCCACAAGCAUAAUUGCAGCCAAAAAUGGAUUAGUGGUUUGUGAUAGUUUAAAACCACCACCAUCAAUCAUCCAAAUAAACCAUAAAUCAGUUCUCUAUGUUGGUGCAAAAAGUGAAUCAUAUCAAAAGAAAAUAGUGGAUAAGUAUCAAACAUUGCUCACUAUAAUCAAUCCACUAACUCAUGAAUAUUUCUUUUUGCCACCUAUUCCUUUUCAUGUUCAUCGACAAAAAGUGGGAUAUUUAGAUUUUUUACCAAAAUACUAUCAAUUAUUUAUUCUUGGAACCUCAACAGUUGAUGCUCUCAAAGCCGAAGGGAGAGAGCAUGGAAGCAAUGAGAGAGUGGUAGCACAAAAUCAAACCAAAUAUGUGGUGUCCCUUGCAAUUUAUAGUUCCCUUCAUCAACUUUGGAUAUAUUUUGAUUCUUUUGAGAAUGUCAGAGUUCAUCAUUUUGGAGGACGUGGGUGUUUUGCAGUCAUGAAUUAUGGAUUGUAUUUUGGAGGAAUAAAAAUGGACCCUCAACUUCCAACAUCUAUAACUAAUCAAAUGGCCUCCGUAUUCUACAUCAAUUGUAGCAACAACAGGCGCCAAUUCUUGUCCUAUCCAUUUUUAAUACAAGGUAUUGGGGAUAUUCAAAUUCCAGAACCACCAAAAGUGAUCAAAGUGGCAAACAACAAAAUAUAUGCUGUCACACGUGAAACAGUAAAAAAGCUCAAAAACCAAACAAAUUGCAUUAUGAUGGUCGAAAUAGUAUUAAAUGAUGAUGGCUCGCCCACUGGAGAAUAUGCUCCAGUUAUAAACGGUGUAAUGCCUGAAAAAUAUACUGAAAAACUGUUUCAGAAAGUGCCUUCUGUAAAAGGACGUGCAGUAUAUCAAGUUUAUAGCUGCGGUGAUUUGAUAGCUUUCAAAGCAGAAUACCCUGUUUUUGUAUUAUAUGAUGUGAACACAAGCAACUGGAGAUUGACAAAUUAUGAAACAGAUGUAGUUGCUGGAAUCAAAAGAAAUUAUGUGAUAUUUGAAGGUAUGUAUCAACCUGAUUGGUUGGCUGGACCUUAAGAUUUAGGUGAGAUGGUUUAUUUGUUAUUUUUACAUGAUAAAUGGUAUGAUUUCAGAAAAGAGGAGAACUUAAACAUAUUUAGAUUAUAGAUCAUUUUUUUUCAAAGAUUAAAAAUCACAAUCAAAUAUCUGAAGCCCAUUUCUGCUGCACUUAUAAUGAAAAAAGAAUGUUUUUAAAUUUCGUAAUGAAUUGAUUGUAACUGCAAACACUAGAUCAUUUUGCUGUAAAUAUAUGAAACUUCAAAGCAUCAUAUGGAAACAUGUAGCAGAAAAGUCGAAGAAGGAAAUUUACAUUCAGACAUUCGUAAACGACAUAAUUUUCAGUUCUGUGAGGACAUCAAGAUUAUACAUAAGCAAUUUUUUUUAAUAAUAAAGACGAUAUUAGAAUUCUAUUCUUUCCCCAAAAAGGAAGUAUUAUGACCAUGAGACAGUUUGUAAUCCACGAGAGUCCCAAUCCUCUCCACGACGAGAAGAAGAUGGUCAUAAGCUAAAGAGUUCCACUUCGAAUGGUGCAGCAAAGUGGUGCCGACAAUCAACGAUGAAUCGUCUUAUUUAUUCUCCACUUGACUCAACUUUUGCGGAGGUUUGUAUCUGUAUCCCUGCUUGGUUUGGAUUGCAGGAUUGCAGGAUUGCAGACUCGAUUCCUAGCGUUGAAUGUGGUCUCGAAGUUCCCAUCCAGAAGAGUUUGAAGAUCAGCUGCAGCAGCGUUUCGUUGUUCAUGGCGAAAUGUGUGAUGGAUAUUGAACUAGUAAAGUUUCGAGGGGAAGUUCCUAGCGCGUGAUUGGUGACGUAUGGUCCGGUGCUUUGGUCAGAGUGCAUCAGUGUGGUUUCCAGGUACGAAAUUUUGUGUGAUAAAAGUGCGAGAUUAAACGAAACUGCAGCUGCUGUUAUUUGCGAUGAAUUCGUUUCAAAAGUUGCUAAUUUGUGUACUGAAAGGGGAUUCGGAGUUCACGAGGAGCGUCCAUACAUAUGCUUACAGGGGUUCGCGGACAUGGGAAGAACGAAAUUUGGAAGAAAGGGAGGUCUCUGAGCUCAUACUCUUUCAAAUCUUUCAACAUCAGUUUCCAGACAAAUUUAUUGACGAGGUUGUGAUGAUUACGGCGGUGGUGAUGGUUCGAUAAAAAAGUGUCCCCUGUAGAAAUUUGACAAUGUGGAGUUGUAGCAAUCACUGUAACCAGAGCUGCACUCCUUCAGAGAAUAUUACAACAAUGUGGUGAAGUCUCUCUUGAGGCCAGGGUGAUCAACCAUUAGUUUGGGGCUGCUAAUCCAAACGACCAAUUGAAGUUCAAUUGAAUCAACCUGCAUCAGAAUUGUUGUCUCUACAUCAUAAAUUGGUUAAAAUUUGUUGCAUUAGCAAAAUUUGGUGCUUGGGUGGUGACUACUUUGCCAUCCACUGGAAUUCACACCACUAUCAUUAAAGAGCUCUAAAAGUUGAUUCAAAUUGAUUGUUAUUCAUUAUUAGGAUUUGAUUGACCAAGUUUAGAAUAAAUCAUCAAUUGUAUUUGAGAAGUAUUCAAACUUAAGCACAUCAAAUAGAAGUGGUCAUCAAAUAGCUUCAUUUCCAUAUAAUCAAGAUUGAUGUAUAUGGCCAUGACAACAAUUGAAUCAUGACAAACUAACAAUCUUAUGCAAGUAAUUAUAACUU